AGUGCAUUUUUUUUUUUUUGAUAAGAAGAAGAUCAUAAUAAAAUCGAAAGAUUUGUGUUCUGAAAACAAGCAAAAGAAAAUAAAUGUUAUUGCAAUGGUGUGUGAAAAAUGUGAAGCGAAGCUAGCAAAAGUCGCAACUCCAGACCCAUGGAAAACAGGACCAGCUCGUAAAAUAAAUGAGAACAAGGCGUUGUCUUCUGCAAAAGAUAGAUACAACCCUAUAGGCAAAACGUUACCUCCAUGCAGAAUAUGCCGCCAAAAAGUACAUCAAGCUGGGUCUCAUUAUUGCCAAGCAUGUGCCUACAAAAAAGCAAUAUGUGCUAUGUGCGGGAAAAAGUUAAUGAACAUAAAAAAUUAUAAGCAAAGUUCAACAUGAUUUUUUUUUAUUAUUGUAAAACCUAUUUAUAUAAAAUACAUUUUUAUUUAAUCUACUUAA